GUAGCUGUUUUUCAUUCUCAUUCAUCAAGCUCCAAAGACCUAGCUUGCCCCCGUUUUAGUUUCUGGGAUUUUUGUUAGUUGAACUUCACAAAUUCGAGAUCAGGUUAGAAGGAUUUGAGUUCUAACCCUAGAAAUUAAAAAAAUUAUUUCUUUUUUUCAAUCUUUGGGUUGAAAAGUAACAAAGGGGUGAUUUAGAAAUGGAUGCUGAUUCAUGGACUACUUGUCUUUCUUCAAGCUUUAGGAGAUAUCAUCAAUCCUCUCUUCAAUCACGAUCUGAUAUGUUAAUGGGGUUCGAAGAAAUGGACGGAGAAGAUGAUAUAAGAGAGGAAUUCCCAUGCCCUUUUUGUUCAGUGUAUUUCGAUAUCGUCGGCUUGUGCUGUCACAUUGAUGAUCAGCACCCUGUGGAGGCUAAAAAUGGGGUAUGUCCCGUCUGUGCGGUGAGGGUGGGAGUAGAUAUGGUUGCGCAUAUAACCUUACAACAUGGAAAUAUAUUCAAGCACAAACGGAAGUCACGUAGAAGUGGAUCUCAUUCAAUGCUUUCGGUUCUGAGGAAAGAGUUGCGAGAAGGAAACCUGCAAUCCCUCUUUGGGGGUUCUUCUUGUAUAGUUCCCUCAUCCAACUCCGCGCCUGAUCCGCUGUUGUCCUCUUUUAUUUUGCCUAUGGUUGAUGAUUGCGUUAAUGCUCAGCCUCAGUGUGCUAGCGAACCAAGCACAGCCAAGAAAAGUUCAGACGUGAAUAAGUCCGAGAGAAACGUGCAGUCAACGCCUCUUUCAGUCAAGGAUCAGGAAGAGAAGGCAAAAAGAUGUGAAUUUGUUCAAGGGAUGCUCUUAUCCACGAUUCUCGAUGAUGUUUUAUAAUUCCGUAAGGAUGUUGCUGCAAUUGUGGACCCGAAUCCCAUACGGUGCAACAUUCGGCUAUACAGCGAAGAAGAGGCCUAUGGGUUUGUUAUGCUGUUUGUAGUGAAUAUGUUGAUGUAUUAAGCAUAAAUGUUGAGCAAGGUGUAGGAAUGUGUGUAAUAUAUGUUGGCAUGUGUGGACUUCUCCAUU